AUGGGAGCAGCGGGGGGGAGGGCUCCGGGAGGCGCGGGGCGGGCUCGGGGCUGCGCGCUCGCCCGGGUAGCAGGAGCAGCAGGAGGAGGAGGAGCUGGCUCGGCGGCCGCGGGCGCCCAGCGCGCCUUCUCGGCGCCUGGAGCCAGACUUGACCUUUGCCGCCUUCCAAUCAAAUGGGAGCCCGAGGUGAUUGGAGGGUCAAGGGGAUGUGACGCGUCCCGCGCCGCCGCCGCCGCCGCCAGGACUCUCAGAGCUGGUUUUAAUGGGCAGCUCCCUCCUUGCCGCCCCCCUGUGUGUCCCCUCCCUCGAUUUCGCUCCGAGGACGAGAUGGACAUCUAUUCUACGGGGGUGCGCGUGAGGAACAGACUGCGGGGGUAUCCAGAAGGAGCACCGGUGAGAGUGUGGACACCAGCCGGACUGUCAACUCGAGGGGCACAGGGAAUCCACACACCCAGUGUUUUUUCUUCCUCAGUAAUCGAGAUCCCGCCCGGCGCAGCGCAGCGCGGCCACCAGGAGGCUGCGAAGAAGAGGCCCGGUGGUGGGUGUGUGUGGGGAGAACCGUCUCAGGCUCACUCUUUCGCUCUUCCGACCUUCCCUCACCUCCUGCCCUGCGCUAUCCCCACAGGCUGGGGAGCCAGGGUCACUCGGGGCUGCUGUCUUGAAUUUAUUCGGAACGUCGCGUCGGAACGACCUGCGCUGAGAGAGCCGGGGGAAGGAGCGAGAGAAGGAAAGGGCGGCUGCCUGUGGGAACACGGGUUCUUCCAAGGAAGCAGAGCGGGACUGCCGCGUUCCCCUCGAUUUCCACCGUCACUCGGGUUUGGAAAGAAGAGGGAAGGCGCUAAGUGCGUGCCACCGCGUACCUGGACCUGGGUGCCCAGUGUGUAUGCAUGCCUGUGGCGCUGCAAUCGACGGGAUUUCUCUGGCUGUCGUUUGCGCUGCAUUUAUCCGAAUACAUCCAGCUCGCAGGCAUCCUGCAGGAAAUGGCUCCGGCUUGUGUGUACGCCGACACCUCGGCCCUACGCGGGACUCGAGGUGGCUCCUAGUGCCCGGGCAGCUGAGAGUCCGGCCUCCAAAGGAGGCUGGACAAGCGGCGCCCCCAGGUUGAGCGGCCUCAAGCUGCUUGGCAGUGCCUGGCAGCCCCCACCUCUGCUGGUACUUCGGAAACCCGCCCCGCCAGGUUCGCCCGCGGUGAAAACUGAAAGCAAAUACUCCUACAGGGGUAGCCCAAACUUCGACGAAGGCUCUCUCCUGCGCCUGUAUCUCGGAGAACCCCCGGGCUCUGCAAGUUAGCAACAGAGAUUCUUUAGCGGCUAAGGAAGGGACCUGCAGGGUGGGGUGAGGGGCAAAGAGGACACUGGGUGACCCAGCCUGGCCCGGGGCGAAACGCAAGAGAACGUGCCACCUUCCUUAUUUCAAUGCAAUUUCUCUGCCCCAGAUGGUAAAAAUAGUUUCCGAGCUGCGGCGGACGCCCAGGAUAUGUUUGCAGAGAUCAAACUGGGGAGGAGGCAGCUUUGUAAAAGAAGCAGGAAGAUUUGCCCAGAAGCGUCCGCCCGGCGGGGCUCAAGAAAGCUUGGGGCCAGCUCCACGUUCCUUGAAGCGGUGGCCAAGAAUUAGCCUGGGUAACCCCCUGCCCAGUUCUCUGUCCUCACUUCUAGCCAGUGCUUAAAUAACUUCCCGCCGCCUGCCCUGCAAACUUCCCAGCGCAGCGCCUGCAAGGCCAGGACGCAGCUAGGGCUAGCAAAACCCCGCCGCGGCGCACUCGGCCCCAGCCCUGAGAGGCUGCCCGGGGCGGGAGGACCAGUGUGGUUUCCGAUCCCACUCGGCUGCUCAGACCCUCAAGGCUGAUCCCCCCAACCCCUGGGAGCCGGUGCUUCCCUCUGGUAGCCGCGAUCUUGCGGGCCGGCGAGGGUGCAAAGUGCGCGCGCUAGCCCGCGCGGGGGCGGCCGCGCGUCUCUCCGCGGGGCCUGUCGCCCGGCUGGCCGCGGCGGGUGAGUGAUGAGGGCAGAGAAGGGCGCCCAUAAAUCGCGGGUGUCAGGGCGAAAAACUCUCUUUAUUGUCUGCGUGAUGGAUGGGCCCGGGGACGAGACACCAAAUACUUCGUAUCGCCUUUAAAUGGGAACACAUUUUCCGCGGCCAUAAUUCAUGUUUUUUAAAUAGAAAGUUUGAAAUGUUGCCUAUAUUUCACCGGCCCUGACAUAUUUAUGAAUCGCUCCCUGCAUGCAAAUAUCAUUAUUUAAAGCGCCAGGGAGAGCGCGGGGGAGGGGAGAAGGCGCGGUUCCCGGGGCGUGGGGGUGGUGAACCGGGGAAAUGUCGGUGGAGGGGGGCCAUCUCCCUAAAGGGCAGAGGGUUAGGUGCGGGGAACAGCCGUAUCCGGAAACCGAACGUGUCCUGGGGCUUCUGUCCCGACGCCGGACCCCGCACGGCCGCUCCGGGAUGUUUUUCGCGGCUUGGGACCGAAGAGAGGCCCCCGGCCCCUGCUGGGAGACCAGGGGGCAUUUUUCCUCCCUCUCUGAAGCUGUUAUCCCAGCUGAAACCACCUUUUCUAAGAAGAAAGUUUUUUUAAAAAAGGAAUUUAACAAACACAAAUAAUAAUAACCCAACAUGUUUCGUGUUCUUUGCCACUGCAUCGAUUUUAUUGAUUUUCAUUCUGCAAACCUGAGAAUGUGCGCGCCCGGUCGGGGAGGCUGUCAAAACCCAGUCGCGGCGGGGACUGGGUGGGGGACAAUCCUCCGGCGCCGCGGCCCCGACCCGCCCCCACCCAGCCGGCGCACCACCUCCCAGUCACCACAGAGCCUGCGCAAGCCUCCGGGCCAUAAAUGACCUGGCCCCCAAGCGCCGGGAGCUACAGUCCCGCCCCUCUCUCUCCCCAGUGCCCUGCAGCGCUCCCAGGGUCCGCGUCUGCCCUUCCCAAGCCCCCACUGUCAACACAAUCGCUGUAAAAAACAAAAAUCUUCUUAAAGCCAGACACGUGCCGUCGGCCUCUCCCCUGCCCGCCUGGCCCAGGAGGCGCCCACACCUGCGCUCUCACUUGCCGAGACUUUACCUGUGCAGUCCCCUGCGGCGCCGGCAGCCGCGCAGGGUGUUGCUGUUACCCAGACUUGAGUGCUGAGAUCACAGCUCACUGCAGUCUGAUCCUCCUGGGCUCGAGUGAUCCUCCCACUUAAGCCUUCCAAGUAGCUUGAACUACAGAGACCACAGAUGCUUUAUAGAGCUGUAGAACCUCUGUGUGUCCAUGAAUGACUGCUUCCAGCUGCUGCAUCCCGAAGCCUUUGCCCACCUGUGAUUUGGAGCUGAGGAGCAAGUCAAAGCCAAGUGCAACUGUACAGGAAGACUCUUCUUUCUGGCUGGGAUGACACUUUGUCCUUGGAAACACUCAAGUUCAAGUUCACCACUCAAGCAUAAGCAAAGUGACUACAUGAGACUAAGAGAAUGUGUUUGCUAUCCCCUCUGCAAACCCUUCUCCCAGGCCUUCCCAUGGCUGGCUCCAUCUCAUGAUUCUGACUUCAGCUCAAAUGUUGCUCCCUUGAGAGAGGCCUUCCCAGAACAUUCCACAGCUGUCUGAGGCUGUGCCAUUUGUGCAUCACAAUAGCAUUAUGCAGAGGGGGUGCAUGGGGCCCAAAUCCAUCCUGUGAUUGGCUCCUCAAGGAUUUCAUAAGGGAAAGGCUUUGGAGGGUGAGCAAAGACCUUGGACUCUGUGUCUAGGUUAGCACCCCCACCUCCCAUACCCUGUCUCACAUUGUCGGACUUCUGUCUACAUAGUAUGCAUGACUGCUAUCUGAAAUGAGGUAUUUGGGCAACUUGAAAUUGUGUUUCUAUUUGUUACCCAUCUCCUCCCACCAUAAUGUAAGCCUCACAGAAGUAAGGACUGUAUCUGUCUUGUUACUGUUUGUCCUCCCAGUGCUGGGCGCAUAGUAGGUACUCAAUAAAUAUCUACUAGUGAAUGUA